CUUUCAACCUAAACACCAGAUAUCCCUGAGAGUCUUCAAAGAACUUCAAAGUUCUCAUCUUCGAAACACCACCUUGCACUUCAGCCUUAACAGCAACACCAAUUCCACCAUCUCAAAAUGUGCUUCUUUGACCAAACCCUUUACCGCUGCGGCGACUACAAGUGGGGCACCUUCCGCCAGCACUGCGCCAAGGAGUACCGCACCGGUGAGACCUGCGGUAUGAAGCUCGUCAUGAACUGCAACGAGGACCGCUCCAAGAACUGCCGAAUCUGUGACAAGAUCGCAACCAAAUUGAGCCGCCGCCAGAAGGAGGUUGACCGCAUCAAGCGAUGGAAGAGCGAGCGAAACCGCAAGGCCUCCAUCGAGGCCUCCGAGGACAUCAUCAGCGACCUGGAUCGCGAGAUCUAUAACCUCGAGGAGGAACGAUUGGAUAGGAGGAACCGCUUGUGAUGAGAAUUGGAGAGAGGAUGACAAAAAUUACUUUCUGUUUUGUAUUGUUCUUGUUUUUUGGUUUUUGGGGCUCCAUCACUCGUUUCAGGAAUAGUUGGCGCUGGGAAGGUGAACACAGGCAGAUUGGGCGAAACACACACGCGCCGAACCACGGAAACAUCUCCUUGGCCGGGUCUGCGGAGGGC